UUAGACAAACGCGUUUCAACUGCAGUCACGUUGUGUUCCCUGGUGCUUCAAUUCAACUCCCAUUUUCUCUGUCUCUCUGUGUAGUCUCCUCUAUCCAUCUGGAAGUUCAAACUUUUGGACAGCUUUGUUUUCCUCUUACUUGCUCUCUCUACAUUUUGGGCAUGGUAUUCUCUAUUACCACUCUAUAUUAGCGAGUCUUUCUAAGUCUUUUUUGUGGUCAUGUUGUAGUUGGGCAGCCCUGCAUCUAUGUUGGGGCUGCGAACUGUUUUGAAACCCUAGCAAUCAAGGAAAUGGUGUUCAAGGGUAGGUUCUUCUCUUCCAAGAAAUCCGAUACUUCAAGCCCUGACGGAUCCAACAGUCCUCGAUCCUUCGGUUCCAAUUCGCCAAUCAGAUCUGAGAAGAAGAAGGUCAAAUCCGCCAAAGACGAUCAACCGAUCGGCGGUGGUGGCAGUGCCAGUGGAAGUGGCUUCAGUGCUCCGUGUCGUCAAACGCAAGUCAAAGAUGGCCUCAAGCAGCAACAACAAUCACAAUCACUGUCACAACAACAGCAGAAGAAAAAGGAUUUGAAGGGCAAAGAGACUCAAAGUCAAAUUGCGGCGAAGCCGAGCUCGGUGGCGGCGAUUUCGAAGACAAGAAAAGCAGCCUCGGAUGUGAGGGAAGUGCCGUCUUCGGUGUCACCCAUUCUGGCGUCGUCGCUGGGCUUGAAUCGGAUCAAAACAAGAUCGGGGCCGCUGCCCCAGGAGAGCUUCUUCGGGUUUCGGGGAGAUAAGGGGUCUGCUCUUGGUGCUAGUAAUCUUUCGAAGCCCGGUGGUGAUGGGUGUUCUUCUUCGGGUUCGGGGUCUGCGGCCGCAGGGAAAAAGAAGGAGAGUGUUCAUCAGAGAAGGAUGGGUUCUCAGGAAGCUGUUAACUUUGUGGGUUGGGUUGAUAAUGGAAGCAAUUCGGACAGUAUGUCGACUGAGAGUGGGCCGUCUAGAGACCAGAGUCCUCAUGUUCAGGCCCGGUCUAGGCUCCAGAAUGGUGAAUCCUUCUCUGAAGUUGGGCGAUACAAUUCAUCAUGUGGCCCUUCUGGUAGCUUAAGAAGUCCAGAUGUUUGUACUCCUGAGACUUCAUACGAUUGUGAAAACCCCAAGGAGUCUGAAUCUCCCCGCUUUCAAGCUAUCCUCCGUGUCACAAGUGCACCUAGAAAGAGGUUUCCCACUGAUAUAAAAAGUUUCUCCCAUGAAUUGAAUUCCAAGGGUGUACGGCCUUUCCCAUUUUGGAAGCCUCGAGGCUUAAAUAACUUGGAGGAGGUUUUGGUCAUGAUACGGGCAAAAUUUGACAAAGCAAAAGAAGAAGUGGACUCUGAUCUGCAUAUUUUUGCAGCAGAUCUGGUUGGAAUUCUGGAAAAAAAUGCAGGCUCACAUCUUGAAUUGCAGGAAACACUUGAAGACUUGCUGGUUUUGGCUCGAAACUGUGCUAUGACAUCACCUGGAGAGUUUUGGCUUCAGUGUGAAGGCAUAGUUCAAGAAUUAGAUGAUAGGCGUCAGGAACUUCCAAUGGGUAUGCUGAAGCAGCUUCAUACUCGAAUGCUUUUUAUUCUCACAAGGUGUACAAGAUUGUUGCAAUUCCACAAGGAAAGUGGGUUGGCCGAGGAUGAACAUGUCCUUCACCUUCGUCAAUCAUUGCAUUCUGUGGAUAAGCGGAUUCCUCCUGGCAUGGGAAAGGAUGGCAAAAGUUCUAGUGCUGCAAAGGCCUCAAAAGCAACCUCAACAAGGAAAUCUUACAGUCAGGAGCAGCAUGGCUUGGAUUGGAAAAGAAGUUAUGCUGUGCCAUCUGGAAAUUUUCAAUCCCCACCUGCUGCUGAAACAACAAAAAACUUGGAUUCUCCUGGAGGAAGGGAUAGGAUGGCUUCUUGGAAGAAACUGCCAACUCCUGUCCGAAAAAGCCCAAAAGAAGCCGAUCCGGUGAAGGAGGAAGAGAAUGAUAGUAAGGUGAUAGCUUCUAAAAUGCAAAACAACCGAAGAGUCAUUUCUGAUAUUGAUAUGAGUAUCGCUAAGAUUCCUGAGCUUCCUCCUGCUAAAGAUUUUAAUGUACAUUCUUCAAAUCAUUCCAAGCACCAGCACAAAGUUUCUUGGGGUCACUGGGGAGAUCAGCCAAAUCUUUCUGAGGAAAGCUCAAUAAUUUGUCGCAUUUGUGAGGAGGAGGUUCCAACAUUGCAUGUGGAAGACCACUCAAGAAUUUGUACAAUUGCUGAUCGAUGUGAUGAGAAGGGUUUCACUGUCAAUGACCGACUAGUCAGAAUUGCCGAAACACUUGACAAAUUAAUUGCGUCCUUUUCAGAGAAGGAUUUUAAACAUGUAAUGGGAAGCCCAGAUAUUGCAAAAAAAUCAAACUCGAGUGUUACUGAAGAAUUUGAUGUUGUCUCUCCCAAACUCAGUGACUUGUCCCGUAGAGGCUCGGAGGACAUGCUGGACUGUUUCCCUGAAGCUGAUAAUUCUGUUUUCAUGGACGACCUUAAGGGUUUACCAUCCAUGUCAUGUAGAACUCGUUUUGGCCCAAAGUCUGAUCAAGGAAUGACAACGUCAUCUGCAGGUAGCAUGACUCCAAGGUCUCCGUUGCUGACUCCUAGGACAAGCCAGAUAGACUUACUGUUGGCAGGAAAGGGUGCUUACUCUGAACAUGAUGAUAUUCAACAGAUGAAUGAGCUUGCUGAUAUUGCUCGAUGUGUGGCAAAUACGCCUUUAGACGACGAUCGGUCACUACCAUAUUUGCUUACUUGUCUUGAAGACUUGAGGGUUGUCAUUGACCGUAGAAAAUUGGAUGCCCUUACAGUGGAGACAUUUGGAGCACGCAUAGAGAAGCUGAUUCGGGAGAAGUAUCUGCAGCUUUGUGAACUAGUUGAUGACGAAAAGGUUGACAUAACAAGUACAGUAAUUGACGAAGAUGCUCCUUUGGAAGAUGAUGUUGUUCGUAGUUUGAGAACCAGUCCUAUACAUUCUAAUAAGGAUCGUACCUCCAUAGAUGACUUUGAAAUCAUAAAACCAAUCAGUCGUGGGGCAUUUGGCCGGGUUUUCUUAGCAAAAAAGAGAACGACAGGGGAUCUUUUUGCAAUUAAGGUCCUCAAAAAGGCGGAUAUGAUCCGUAAGAAUGCUGUUGAGAGUAUUUUGGCAGAACGUGAUAUUUUAAUAACAGUUCGCAAUCCUUUUGUGGUUCGUUUUUUUUACUCAUUCACUUGUCGUGAGAAUUUGUAUCUUGUGAUGGAGUACUUGAAUGGAGGAGAUCUAUAUUCAUUGUUGAGAAAUCUAGGCUGCUUAGAUGAAGAUGUUGCUCGUGUCUAUAUAGCAGAAGUUGUGCUCGCUUUGGAAUAUUUACACUCACUCCGUGUGGUUCAUCGUGAUUUAAAGCCUGACAAUUUGUUGAUUGCACAUGAUGGUCAUAUUAAGUUGACAGAUUUUGGGCUCUCAAAGGUUGGACUCAUUAACAGCACUGAUGAUUUAUCUGGUCCAGCUGUUAGUGGGACAUCACUGAUGGGAGAAGAUGAACCUCAGCUAUCAUUAUCUGAGCAUCAGAGAGAAAGACGGAAGAAACGUUCUGCUGUUGGUACACCCGACUAUUUGGCACCCGAGAUUCUUUUAGGAACAGGACAUGGCACAACUGCGGAUUGGUGGUCUGUUGGUGUUAUUCUUUUUGAACUAAUUGUUGGCAUUCCACCUUUCAAUGCCGAGCAUCCUCAGACAAUAUUUGAUAAUAUUCUCAACCGAAAUAUACCGUGGCCCGGUGUGUCCGAAGAAAUGAGCCCUGAAGCACAAGAUCUGAUAGAUCGGUUAUUGACAGAAGAUCCUAAUCAGAGACUUGGAGCUAGAGGAGCAUCAGAGGUGAAGCAGCAUCCGUUUUUUAGAGAUAUUAACUGGGAUACACUUGCGAGGCAGAAGGCUGCAUUUGUUCCUGCCUCAGAAAGUGCCCUUGACACCAGUUACUUUACAAGUCGCUACUCAUGGAAUACUUCCGAUGAGCACUUCUAUGCACCCAGUGAAUUUGAGGAUUCCAGUGACAGUGGUAGCAUAAGUGGUAGCAGUAGUUGCCUAAGCAACCGUCAUGAUGAAGUGGGAGAUGAAUGUGGAGGUCUUACUGAGUUCGAGUCUGGUUCUUCUGUCAACUACUCCUUUAGUAAUUUCUCAUUUAAGAAUCUCUCCCAACUUGCAUCAAUCAAUUAUGAUUUGCUUACUAAAGGUUGGAAGGACGAUCCGCCUGCCAACCCAUAAUGCAUAGCCACCAAGCUUGCCGUCAAAAUGCAGGAUUGGAUUCCGAAAUCAUUUGGUGUUGUUUGUACACCCUGUAAAUAGAUAGAAGCAGCUUGAGAACAAAACUGGCCGGGGAUGUGCUCUUUUCUCAUACAGGCAACAGCUCCACACUAUAUGGGGUUCCAAAUUUUAUGAUUGUGUUGUUUAUUUUGGUUUGAGGACCUUAACGUAUCUUAAUUUACAUGCCGUAGUGUGGGUUUGCAGUCUUUGGCCUUUAGUUGUACACUGAGUUCUCCUUGGUCCUCAUAAAUGAGAACACAUCCCUUCAGAUUUCCAGGUUCUCAGCACUUGUUGAUUGCAUUGCAUGCCUUGUCCAAAGUGUAUUUGUGAAACGCCCCAUCAACUGUUGGUAGAUAAGUACCCCGAUUUCAGAAAUGAGAGGACAGUGGUAAUCGCAUCAGUUUGGGAAUCAAAGCAUUCUGAAAAUAACUAUGGCUCAAAUCCCAUCCCUACGAAAAAGCUUGAGAGAACCUGUCUGAAAAAUGGCAUCCCGUGCCUUGUACGGAGGGAGAAUGGGUGUGUUUGGCAAAGCUGACCAGAGGAGUUAUUUAUCGUUGAAAAUUUUGGUUUUUAGAGUUUAGGAUCUAAAUAAUAGGAUCUAAACAAGCAUUGUAAAUGAUUCAGGAAAAUAUGCCUGUCUCUCUCUCCUAAACCCGUUCAGCAAUUCUGGGAAUCCUCUUAAGUUGGCAUAACUUAAUUCGUGCAUAGAAAUGGACCCCUGAAUUUAUCUUUGAUCAUUUUACCAA